AUGGAGAAAAACGACAGGUCCUACCGGUACUCGCAACGAGCGGAAGAUGUUACGCCGCGUCGUAUGCCCAGCGGCGGCGCCGCCGACGACGUGCCAAGGUCCGGCAAGAGGCGAGCCGCGACGCCGUCGCAGGACAAGCCGUCUGGUCGGGACCACGGUCGCCGUGAAUCAGCUACCACAGGCCGGGAUGAGUACUCGUAUUAG